UGAAGCUGAACCCGGGAGGUCCGACGAAACCCCAUUGCACGCUGUAGCCUUCCUCUUGCCUUACUUUCCGCGGUGGUGAGCUCUGUUGGAUGUCAAAUCCCAGGAUCUCACAUCUUACUUGAUGUGAACUUAUCUUCUAUGCUAUCUUUCACACACACGCGCUUUUCCCUGCUUCAAGCAAUGCGUCAAUGGCCGGACGGGUCUUCGUGAACAUUCUACCCUGGAUAAUAUCGUCCAAGAACCCUUGAAAUGUCAGGUCUGCCUGUCAAUCAGCACACGCCGAAAUAGGAACUUGUCCGAGAGCGUACCGACCUAGCCUGAAAAGUAGAUAGAGGCUAUCUUUUUGCACCGACGACAGUCAUCGAACUAGAGGACAUAGACUUAGAACUGGACGUUUCUCAAGCUUUAGAAAUAUCAUUCUCUUUGCGCGACGCUUCAGGCAUACAAGUGUGCUAUGGAGCCUCAGAGCAAUGCAUCCGCAUCCCGCGUUCCGUCGCACAGGUCCCAAAUGCUUCCGCCAUCGUCGUCCGCCACAGCCGGCACCCUCGGCUCCGAACGCGUCGACACGUCGAUAGACGAGGGGUUUCGAGGUAGCAUGAGCGGCGGGGGUGACGACGGCGGCGAGGACGAGCCGAGUCGGGCGUCGGAUGGGGCCCAGCAGGGACCAGAGCCGGGAAUAAUCAUGCUAGGAGGCCAUCGCACGCGACCCAACUGGACGCCUCAGGAGGACCUAAUUCUGCUGCAGCACGUGGCGAAGCACGGGACUCGCAACUGGGGGUCGCUUCAGGUCGGCGGUUUGCUGCCGAUUCGCGACCAAAAGGCCUGCUGCAAUCGAUUCAUCCUCCUAAAGAAGCGUUGCAUCAAGGACAAGCGUAGUCUGUCGCAGCUGCUGCAGCGCGCCAAGGACGCCGUCAUUCACGACGCAUGCAGGAACGUUAACGCAGCCGCAGCUGGCGUCGCGGGUCCUUCCUUCGCCGCCGGAGCCGUGCAAUCGUCGACGCCCUUCCAACAUGCCUCCACGGGAUCGCCGCAUGUCGCUGGAGGUUUCGCCGGAUCGUCCGCCGCUCUUCACGCUGCGGCCUCGGCGCUCAACCCCCUUGAGGUGCUGCCGGCGCUCACGUCGCCAAGCCUCGGCGUCAACAGCCAAUCACGGAUGUCCUUCAAAGGCAGUGGCCUCUCGGCUGACGUCAGCAGGCCGCUGCUCCCUUCGGGACCGUCGAUGUCAGCAGCAGCGUCACUUCACGAGAAUGCCCUCCGCGCAACUCUGCUCCGCUCGGCGUUGGCGUCGGCAGCAGGGGGUUCUCAGGACGCAUCCCAGCCCCUGCAGCAGCAGUUGAUGCAACAGCACUUGAGCCUGCAGCAGCAGCAGAGCCUACAGCAUCAGUUGUUACAGCAGCAACUGGCACUGCGCCAGCAUAGCAUGCAGCAGCAGCAGCAGCAACCACAAGCGGCAGCAUUGUUGCAGGAGAGGCAGUUUUUGUCUCAGUCUGGCUUCAACCAGUCACAGAUGCAAGCAGAGAUGCAAGUGCAGGUGCAGAUGCAAGCUCAAGUGCAGCUGCAGGCUGAGACGCGACUGGCGACAGGCGUGUCUGAAGCUCAGGGCCAGAUCUUGCGGAGGUUUCAAUCUCAGGCGAGGGAGCAGCAGCACUCCCAGCAGCACCCCCAGCAGCACUCCCAGCAGCACCCCCAGCAGCACUCCCAGCAGCACCCCCAGCAGCAUUUCCAGCAACACCCCCAGCAGCAUUCCCAGCAUCAGUUCCAGCAGCAGAAGGCUCAGGAGUUUUCCUCGGGUCUUCCACUGGACGGGUUGCAGCUGGACGAGGCGCAAGUGGCGUGGCUGAAACAGGCGCACAUGGAGGCUCAGCGGUUCACGCUCUCCCAAGUGCACGCCAGCAAGGGGGGAGGGCAGGGAGGGGUUGAUGGAAGUGGGGAGGCGACGAGGGGAGAGCAGGGUGUGGGUCAGCAGGGGAGUACAGGUGGGAGCGAUGGGCGAGGUGACUUGAGACAACUGGAAGGGGGGAGCGCUGACGCUGGUGUUGGUGUGCAGAGCAUGGAUGCGCACACGCAGCUGCAGCAGCCAUCGCAGCAGCAGCAGCAGCAGCAGCAGCAGCAGCAGCAGCAGCAGCAGCAGCAACAGGCUGCGAGCAUGUCGAUGCAGCUCGCCAACUUGCGGUCGCAAGUGGGCCUUCAGCCGGGCUCCCUGCUCGCCCAAGCACUCAAGCUCUCCCACCAGCCUGCCUUUGCGUCCGUCUCCAAUCUCCCCCUCUUCUCCAACUUCCGCUCCCUCACCCCCCUCAAUCCUCCUCUGCGCACCCCACCGAGCCCCAUGCCGCAUCAUCCCACCCCAGGACCCUUCCCUCUACCAGUACUCUGGCUGCGGCUGCUGCCAGUGCACCUGCAGGAGCUACGGUGUCCAUGCCGAACCUUCCAGGCCCGGCACUCAGCGAGCCGGUGUUCCCUGCUGUGCAGUCGGGGGAGGUGACGGAUCGGUUCUCCUCCUUCAGUGACUCACACCUCGCCUCUGCCCCUGAAAUCGGCGCCACGUCCUCUCCAGCUGCUGCUGCCAUGAUGUCAGCAGUUGCGUCCGCGGGUUUUGCUGCUGGUCCUGGUGGUGGUUCAAGCAGUGCAUUCCCUGCCGACAGUGGGAAUGGCAGCGGAGGGGGUUCCUUCACCACUGUGCUCCACAUGUCGUCAGCUGCAUUCCAGCACCAGCAACAGCAGCUGCUGCUGCGGCAGCAGUGGGGUGGGCAAGCAGCAGGAGGCGCAGGGAGCGAAUUCGGUGCAGCAGCAGGCAGUGCCGAAUCCCCUGUGCACGUGUGGAAGCCUAAGGAAGAUCCGAGCUGGUUCCAGCAGGUGGGGCAGGCAGGCGGGCUGGCUAGACUUGCUGGAGGCAUGGACAGGGAGGGUGGGGAGGCAGGACAGUUAGCAGCGGCAGCAGUAGCGGGGAGGAUGGCAGGAGCGGGGCCACUUGUGGCAGCAGCAAACCAAGGGUUUGAAGGAGGGGCUGGAGGGGAAGGGGGAGGAGGAAUGUUAUUGCUGGCUGAGCCUGCGCUUGCUGAUGUAAGCAGGCAGGAGGGGCAGCAGCAGCCUGAGAGCAAGGGGCAUGGCCAGCGUGUGGAUGAAAACAACCCGCCUGCAUUGCAAGAGUCACAGCAGCAGCAAGAUCAGACUCAAACGUGUGGUGGGGCACAUCAGUCGGUCCAGCAGGCUUCAAGGCUGGCGUUGCAGCAGGCCCACCGACCAGAUGCAAUGUUGGAGGCCCUGACAACGGGGUCUCAGUCGUGGGUGGGGGAGGGGGGGCGAUGGGUGGAUGAGCAUCAAAUGCAAUGGAGGGCGCAGAAGGCAGGGGCGAAUGCAGGGAUGGGUGUGGGGAUGGCUCAAGCAGAGCAAGGUGGUGCAAGGGCGGAUCAUCUGGAGGAGGCUGCGAUCCUUCGAGCACUGCAUGCAGAGAUGGAGACAUUGAGCGCUUUGGUAAACUCUUCAACAACACCGACAAGCUGAGCAGCACCAUGAGGAGCACCAUGAGGAGCACCAUGAGGGCUCACCAUGAGAGUCCCUUUUUUUGUGUAUGAUAGAAAUCAUAAAUUUGCAAUGCCUACGGUGAUUGUGAAUAAGCUAAUGAGUUGGAUCUAACUUAUGUACAUAGUGGGUAAAUGUCUAAUGAGUUGUGA